AACAAACUGAUUCCCUUUUAUUGUUUAUUCAAUAAAAUCGAAUCACAUAAAUAACAAAAUGCUGUAUUUUAGGCCUUUAACUGACACAGCAGAGCAGCCAGCACCCGGAGAAUUCCAUAAAAUUGAAAGAAAUUCAAAAUCAUUUGAAAUGGAAAAGGAGAAGAUGAAGAAGAACAAGGGAAUGGCAGUGGCAGUGGCGCCAUCAAGCCCUAACAGUGGCGAAGACAGCGAGGAAAAAGAAAAAGUCUUCUCUGUGUCUAACAUCAAGUUCAAUUAUCGGAACACUUUCUCCAAAUACGAUUUUGUUAAGGUUAAGGUGUGGCUUGGUGAUAACGCUGAUCACUAUUAUGUAUUCUCCAGAUUCUUGCUCAGCAGAAUGUUAACCGUCACUAAGAUACCAAAUCAUGUGGCUAUUAAAAUUGCACUUGAACUGAAGAAGCUACUUGUAGACAACAGCCUUCUCGAUGUCUCUCAAUCUGAUUUGGAAGCUAAUCUGUUUAAGCUUAUGGAGCGCAGAUGUUAUGGAGAAGACUAUAUAAAUCGUUACAAGAUGAUGACUAGAUUUCACCAUCAAAGAGUGCCGUUGGUAAUUCUUGUUUGUGGAACUGCAUGUGUUGGAAAGUCUACUAUAGCAACCCAGCUGGCACAAAGGCUAAAUUUGCCAAAUGUCUUACAGACGGACAUGGUAUAUGAAUUGUUACGCACAUCAACAGAUGCUCCAUUGACAUCUGCUCCUGUAUGGGCCCGAAAAUUCAACUCCUCUGAGGAGUUAAUAACUGAAUUUUGUAGAGAAUGCAGAAUUGUUCGUAAAGGCUUGGCCGGUGAUUUGAAGAAAGCAAUGAAAGAUGGAAAGCCAAUUAUAAUUGAGGGGAUACAUUUGGAUCCCAGCAUUUAUUUAAUGGACGAAGAUAAUAAAUCUUUAGUUACCACAACAGUGAAGGAACAGUCUGUAUUUGUGUCAUCUGAUGAUAAUCCAGUAAAACAAGGGGAAAAUAAUUCUGCAAGUGUUUGUGGAAGUAGCAACAACACUCAAGUGGAUGUGAGCUCUAGAGAAAAGGUAUCUACUGAACAGGUGAACAAGAUCGCAGAUUCUCUGGAAUCUGUUUCCCUAGCUGGAAGUGCUUCUGAUCCUCCCAAAAAAGUUGGAAGUGCUGGUGAGAAUAAAGGUGAAACACUGAAAUAUCCAGAGGUGGAUAAAGAAAAAUCUGUUAAGAAAGAAAAAUCUGGUCCUGAUCCAAUAAUUGUACCUAUAGUCCUGAAAAUGGCAGAUUUUGAUCAUAAGGCUUUGCUAGAGGAGUGGGUCUCAACUCGUACAUUUAAUGAUAAGUCUUUAGUUCAGGAUAAAAAUGGGCUAAUAAGAAAUUUAGAAAUCAUUCAGGAUUAUCUCUGCUCCUUCAAGUCACAGGGUCAGGCAGUGGUUAAUAUAUCUGCAACAACAUUUCCACAAACCUUGGAUUUUCUGCAUGGAUAUCUUCUUCAGUGUAUAGAACAAGGUAUUUCAUCAGCGUCUAAUGCAAAGAGUAAACAGCCGGCAGAAAAUUAGAAACAUGGAGAUCUUAGCUUGAGCUUGAGACAGAGCUCGAAGGAGGACUGAAAUCAAAUGUCUGGCAAAGGAAAACAAGUUCUUGAAAGACCUUGCUGCAGCCUCCUGAUACUUAUAUUUUCGGAACUUAAAUAACGUGGCGCGCAGUCGUAUCUCAAUGCAUCGGUUUCCUGUAUUUCAUCUGCCCAAACCAAAUUGUGGACUUUGGAGGAAGAAGCUGCCCUUGAAAUGGGUUGAUAAAUUAUAUAUGUUUAUGAGACUUUGAUCUCCUAAAUAUCCACAAAUAAUGAACACAGAGAUAAAAUAUGAUAAUAAAUCCCAUCUAUCGUUUUUGUUCA